AUGGGAGUAGCCUUCCGCACCCUCCAUGCUCCAGUCCUCCUUGUCGCUACCUGUCUCACCUUCGGUGGCAGGAUACCCUUUUGGAAUCCCCAUGUCGCCAUUCUUGAAUUCGGGCUCCCUGAGCGCAUUGCCACCUCAGAGCCCACUCAUGCCAGCUUCGUAAUCAGCAGGGCGCGAGUUUCGGCACUUGAAAUGGCAAUCUGGGUCUUUAAUCUUCAAGGCAAGCUGGCGGCAGUGGACACGAUCCUUGGCACUGCUCCUCUAUGUCGGCGGCGCCGAUGCCUACGUUUGCUGGCAAGAAGGUGCGCCUAUGAGCGCAAUCUUCAGAGCGGUUUCUGGCAUUGUUAUCGGAGGCUGGGGAAUGCUGGGCUUGACUGCACGGCAGACUUGAUGCUAUUGAAAGGCCCAUGGGAAGGGCGAAUCGCCACAGGAGGAGUAUUCUCCUCGGUGAAUAAACUCAUUGCUGCUGCGUUUCCAGGCUUCCUAGCAUUUCAACUCGACGUGCGUCAUCAUAAUCUGCAGUACCACAGAACAUUCUUCAAAACGCCAUUUGCCGUCGAUGAGAGACCUUGUCCGCACAACAUCCCAGCCGAUACACUUGCCUAUUGA